UCCUUCCUCUCUGCCCCAUUGCCCCCGCGAUGUCCGCGCACCUGGUGGGGCACCACAGAGGCAGGGCGCUGCCCUCAGAGCAGGUUUCAGAUCUCUCAGCUGGUUGUGAUCUCCCUGAUGGAGCAAGGGGAAGAGUUGUUGGUACCAAAUCUUGAGGGCUCCAAGGAGAAAGAGAUUUUGAGAAGUUCUUAUACAGAGAGUAAGAACAAUUUGGAAACUCUUGACCAGAAAUACCCUAAGAAUGAGGAACCUAAGGACAUACCAUCAGAGUGGUCUGAGAAAGAUGUACCCCCAAACAUUGAACAUGAGGAUACUAAAGAAAUUCCAUUAGGAAGGAACAAAAGGGUCAGGUUCUGGAGUCUUGAGUGGAAAGAUACUCAUGAGAAUAACUGCAAGACAGAAACUCAGUGGGGGAAACCUAUGGGAAAAGAACAGAGUAAAUCUAUUUCCUGGAAAUGGGGCUCCAGAAAAAACAUUGACAUUACUGUCCCUCAGACACUACCCAAAAGAGACAAAUCCCAUAAAUGUCUUGAAUGUCAGAAGAGCUUCAAUAACAGCUCUCACCUUCAAACUCAUCUAAGGACUCACACAGGAGAAAAGCCUUACAAAUGUUCAGACUGUGAGAAAUGCUUUAGUAACAGCUCCCAUUUGAUUCAGCAUCAGAGAACUCACACAGGAGAGAAGCCCUAUCAAUGUAAUGAAUGUGGGAAAAGCUUUAGCAAUACCUCACACCUUAUUAUCCAUAAGAGAAUACACACAGGAGAGAAGCCCUAUAAGUGUCCAGAAUGUGGGAAGAGUUUCAGUAGCAGCUCACAUCUUAUUCAGCAUCAUAGAUCUCAUACAGGAGAGAAACCUUAUGAAUGCCUUGUGUGUGGGAAAUGCUUCAGUCACAGCUAUGUCCUAAUUGAGCAUCAAAGGACUCACACAGGAGAAAAGCCCUAUAAAUGUCUUGACUGUGGGAAAAGAUUUAGUCAGAGUUCCAGCCUUAUUCGCCAUCAGCGCACACAUACUGGUGAGAAACCCUACAAAUGUCUUGAGUGUGGGAAAAGCUUUAGUUGUAACUCUACCCUUUUAAAGCAUCAGAGAAUUCAUACAGGAGAAAAACCAUAUAAAUGCCCAGAAUGUGGGAAAAAUUUUAGCCGCAACUCAAACCUUAUUACGCAUGGGAAAACACACAUGAGAGAGAAGCCCUAUGAGAGUACAGAAUUUGGAGUAAAGUUGAAUCACAAUUGUAACUCAGUAGAAUGCCAGAGAACUCAGCCAGGAGGAAAAACAUAUAAGUGUUGUGAAUGUGGGAAAAGUUUCAACCUUAGUUCACACCUUAUUAGACACCAGAGAAUACACACAGGAGAAAAACCCUAUAGAUGUCCUGAGUGCUGGAAAACUUUCAGUCAAAGCUCUACACUGGUGAUCCACCAGAGAAUUCAUACAGGAGAGAAACCAUAUAAAUGCCCUGACUGUGGGGAAAGUUUCAGUCAAAGCUUUAACCUUAUCAGGCACCGAAGGACCCACAUAGGAGAAAAACCUUAUAAAUGUACUGACUGUGAGAAAUCUUUCAGUCGUAGUGCCAGCCUCAGUCAGCAUCAGAAAAAACACAUAAGAGAAAAGCUCUUUCAGUUCCCUGAAGUUGAGAAAAAAUUUACUCACGAAGGGACGUAGAAAAGCUUGGGAUGGGGGUGGUGUGGGGGGCAUAUGGACUUCAUCUACUCAUUUCCAAUUCCCAAAUCUGUUUCCUCAUGAUAGGAAGUUUGUUGUAAACUUUUCCUUUUAUUGACUCAUCACAAUUAAGGUCUUGUAAAAUCAGUUUACUGUUGAAUUUCUUUGGCUUCAUUUGACUAUCUUCAAUACCUCUGGAAAAAAAAAGCUAAGGCCACUCUGCUUAGAAGAUGCAAAGACUCAAACCAACUAGGUCACGGAUUUUCCCAUUGAAAAACAGCACCGAGGAUGGAAAGAAAACAGAAUUUUUUUAUCUAAGACAAGACAGGAAUAGUUCAGAUUAAUCCUAAGAAUAAAUUUUAAUGAAAACAUAAACCUCAAAUCUUGAAGCUAGACCUUUUGUUAAGUUUGCAAUUUUCUCUUGCUCUUUUAGGUGCAGAAAAACUAUUUGUCCCAGAUAGUUUGGAGAUAAAAUGAUCCUGCUGAAGAAUAGAGUGGUGGCCCUGGCUUUUUGUGGGGAAUGUGCUGAGGCAAAAAACAAUAGUUUAAACUUAAGCAGGCUUCUUCCUUGAAAAUUAACUUUUGUAGAGUGUGGCACAAAGUGAAUCCUAAGUGAGCACUAGGUAAAUCUUAUCUGACCAGUAAAGAUUUGUCACAAGACUUUAGGAAAUCUAGAACUAAGGGUUUUGUUCUCUUUGAGAUCAGACAGUCUAGAGCAGCAGUGUAAGAGAGUGUUGGAGAACAAUGGAUUUUGAAGCAAGAUAUUCCAGGGUAUUUUUGUCAGUGGGGUCGUUAACCUAUAACCUAUUGCGAUCCCCUUGUCACUAUGCCCUAGGAUCCCUACCAUAAAAGAAGCAAGAUUAGGAGCCAGGGCUACUGAAUUCUAUUCUUGUAAACUAAGUAAUUAAUAACUAGUUUUUCCCUCUGUGUGCCUUGGUUUUCCUAUUAUGUAGGGAUUCAGUGAAAUUGGGAACUAGGUUCUCAUAGCCAGCUCAAUGACUUAGUGUCAAAUGGACAGAAUUCCAUUAGUAUUGCAGUAAGUACUACUUGUGUCAGGUCCUAAUAGUGUUUUAUUUUUGGCCUUCUUAGGGAAGAGGCAGAGAACCUAAUAUUUUCCCAUAUUCUUCCUUGUCCUAAAUAGGGACUUUGUAUAUUAAGUACUCUCUUCCCUAAAUCCUUGCCCAUCUGUUGCAAAUGAGUAAAAGAGAAAUGUAGGUAAGGGGCCCCCAGUUUAUCUCUUAGGAUUUCCCAAUAUAUUUAAAAGGGAUUGAUGUGAAAAUUUAAAAUUUGGCAGAAGGGAAUUGAACUGUAGCAUUCCCAAAGAAACCAUUCCUUUUGUGGUGUUGAAAUGCAAUGGACCCAUGGGGACAACUGAGUUGCCUUGGAAUUGUUGCAUCCUCCCCUCUCACUGCAAUGCUGUUGAUACUGGGUAGUGACUGUAUUAUGAUUUUUUUAUUGUUAAAUGAUGAAAACUAUAGCAAAAAACAGUCAAAUAAAGAUAUUUAAGACAUG